GAAGUUUCUGGACAAUGGGUAUGGUCAGGCUCCUGGUAAUGAUGAUGAAGGUGUUCAUUCAGAACUUUCUAAGGCAGAAUUGGAACAAAAGACAUUAAGUGAGGGGGACAAACCAGUUAAUUUAUUCCCACUACACGAUUUGCCUGUAGUACGCGAUGAUGGAAUAUUCUGUGUUAAGCAGCAUACAAGGUUUAGAACAGAGGAUGUGGGUAGUUUGAAGAGGAAAAUUUCAAAUUUUCGUGAUGAUCCUGGCAGUCAUAAAGAUCUUUUGGGCCUUUAUUAAAGCUCAUGACCCUGAUUUUGAGGAUUGUUGGUUUGUCAUGGACAUUCUGAGAACAUUUGCUGGUGGGCUCCUUGUAUGGUGGAGGGGCCGGGGUGGAAGGGCCGUUGCCUUCCCUGUUAGGAUGAAUGAACGUGAGCUCCUGGUGCUUCGCCCAACGUCUGGCAUAGAGUAAGUGCUCAAUAAAUGCUUGCUCCCAGGGCGAGUGAAUGCAUGAAUGAAUAUUUCUGAAACCAGGAUGAGUAACCUCCUUCCUCUUCCCUACCAGCCUUGCCGAGGAUUCACUCGUUUGUGUGUCUCUUUUCUCUCGUCUCUUAGUCCAACAAAGUUCCCGUGGUCCAGCACCCUCACCACAUGCACCCGCUGACUCCCCUCAUCACCUACAGCAACGACCACUUCUCCCCCGGCUCCCCACCCGCACACCUCUCCCCGGAGAUCGAUCCAAAGACAGGAAUCCCCCGGCCGCCGCACCCCGCUGAGCUGUCGCCGUACUACCCGCUGUCUCCUGGAGCUGUUGGCCAGAUCCCCCAUCCGCUGGGCUGGCUCGUCCCGCAGCAAGGACAGCCGAUGUACUCCAUCCCUCCCGGCGGCUUCCGGCACCCGUACCCAGCUCUCGCCAUGAAUGCCUCCAUGUCCAGGUAAGUCCUCUGGCUGGGCUGGCCCCCAGGCGGAGGUCGUCCUCCUCUCGCUGAGUCAAGACGGCCUGUUCUUGUCCCUCUAAAUGACGCCGGACUCUCUUCUCCCUCCCGCCCCUCUGCCGAGGCCGCCAGGGACAGCGGCAACGGGGGCACGUCCUGGGCUUUGGCUGGCACAGAGAAGGCCCUGAACCAACACAAGCUGAUGCCUUCUCAGCUUACAGGCAUUGAAUGUUGCCUAGAAUAACCGAAAAGAAAAGAA